ACUGCUAUUCGGCGACUUGAAGAGGAGGAAGAAGGAUGUAUUUUUUACUCCUGCUGACAGGGAUAUUCAUUUCUGAAGUAAAAUGCGGCUAUUACUUCGUUACGGCACCAAAUGUGAUACGCUUUGACCACGAGGAGACCGUUGUUGUCGGUGUAUUCGGACUGACCAAUGCAGAAGUUAAGGUUUGGCUUCAACAUGGCGAAAACAAGUUUUCUGAGAAGCACGUCACCGUCCUAAACGAAUACGCCCCUUUCCAUACAACAGUCAAAGCAACGGAGAUUGAUUUAUUUAAUACUAACGCUGAUGUAGGAAAGCCGACAGAAAUAAAAUUAUGCGCAGAGUGGAACGGACAGACACGGUCUAUAGAAAUAGUAGUGAGCUAUCGCACAGGCUAUCUGAUUGUACAGACGGACAAACCGAUUUACACACCUCGUCAAAGAGUGAGAAUAAGAACAAUAGCACUUGACGAGUCCUUAAGAGCUGUUAAUAAUUGGCAAGUGGGUAUGGAUAUUGUCAGUCCGUCAGACACAACAGUGGCAAGAAGGACAAUAGUAAAGAGUAACAGCGGAUUCUUUCACAGCGAAUUUGCCUUACCUCCGAACCCUGAAAUAGGGAGAUGGAAAGCAAGAGCUUUUUACACAGGACAGUUUGAAACAGAAUCAGAGGCAUUCUUUGAAGUAAAAGAAUAUGUUCUUCCAACAUUUGGUGUAACAGUUGACGUUGAUGUACCGUGCAUUCUUAACGAUACAACUGAUAUACUAGUAACAGUUAGAGCCAAAUAUGUAUAUGGUAAACCUGUCGACGGAAAAGCAAGACUUACUUUGAACUUGAAGAAUCAAGCUGGACUCAGUGAACACAUUCUGGACAUCAUACCGAAGUUGCUUGAAAACAAUCAUGGAGAAGAAGUAAGUGUGACAGACUUCAAUAUCAGUGUUGCUGAUAUCCGAAAUUCUCCGUUACUUAGAGACAGGGAUUUCCCGCCAGAUGGAAGUCGUCUGGAAAUUGUUGCCACUGUUUUUGAAAGCGCCACUGGCAAAGAGGAGGCUACUAGUCACGGGGAAACUAUAUUUGCCAUUAACCCGUACAUAUUUAAGUUUACAAGAUCAAAAUUAAACUUCCGACCAGGAAUGGAUUAUAACCUUAAGGUUGAUAUGUUGUAUGCUAACGGACAACCGGUUGCAAAACAAACAAUUAAAGUGAAAAUGUUUCAAAAUGGUCAGUUUGACAGCAGCAAAUACGUAACUAUAGAUAGUAAAGGACAAGCGGCGACCGUUUUUUAUACGUCACUAAGUGCCGACACUAUUACGUUUGUGGCAGCAACCUCAGAUGAAAGUUAUGAAAGUGAACACUUCGAGGUGAAUGCAUAUGUUGGGAAGAAUCAGAUUCAGGUGGAACAUCUUAUCAAAGAUGACGAGAUGGUUUUGCGAGCAUUCACAAACAUGCGAGGCACUGGCUAUACCGGAAUGCUUUUAAUGGUUAGUCGUUAUACCAAUACAUUGUAUAAGUAAUAUAUACUUCUGCUUGUGUAGACAUGUAUGAAUUCAUACAAACAUGUUUUAUUCAUUGCAAAAUAAUAUUAGGUUAUUUAACA